GCCCGGGACUAGGAGCCCAGCAGAGGCAAAGCUGCAGCCAUGAAGGUUUGGAUUGUGCUGCUCGGGGCAACCCUGCUGGCAGGCUGCCAGGCCAACCCGCUCGUCCAGGAUGAGCCCAAGACUAAGUGGGAAGAGGCCGUGAGCGUCUUCUGGAACUACCUUUCCAAAGUGGGACAUGCCGCGGACAACGUGACCGCCCAGAUCAAGAGCUCCCAGCUCAGCAAGGAACUGGACGGGCUGAUCACCGACACCAUGGCUGAAGUGGAGGUGUACAGAGAAGAGCUGCGGACCCGGUUCGGCCCCUACGCCCAGGAGGCCCAGCAGCGCCUGGGCAGCGAGGUGGAGGCGCUGACGGGGAAGCUGCGGGCCGACAUGGAGGAGGCCAAGGGCCGGGUGGUGCAGUACACGGGCGACGUGCGCUUGAUGUUCAACCAGAACCUGGAGGAGGUGCAGGCCCGAGUUGGCAUGUACCUGCGCAAGCUGCGCAAGCGCCUGGGCAAAGACACCGAGGAGCUGCGCCGCAAGAUGGCCGCCUAUGCCGGUGAGGUGCAGGCCCACACUGACCAGCAGGUGAAUGCUGUGCGCCAGGGCCUGCAGCCACUGAUCGACAGCAUCCGUGACAAGGGACAGCAGCGUCUGGAAGCCCUGAGCCAGGCCAUGGGUGAGCAGAGCCAGAAGGUGCGCGAGAGCCUGGGCACCCGGGCCCAGGAGCUGCAUGGGCACCUGCAGGGGAAGGUUGAGGAGGUGCAGAGCUCCCUAGACCAGGCUGCUGAGCAGGUCCGCCAGUGGUUUGCACCCUUCCUGCAGGAUGUCCGUGCCCAGUUACAGGGCCUGGUGGAGAAGCUGCAAGGGAAACUCCAGCUGUAACAGCCCCUGCUCACCCCACACUGAGGCCCCUGACAGCCCAGAGCCCUGGCAAUCCAGGGGCCUGCAUUCCCAGGUCUCCCACAGUACAGCCCUGCCCACUAACACCAAGCUAGCCAUGGAGGUCUGUGACUCCUGGAGCGAACAGGCAGGAGUCACUUCACCUACUAAGCCCGCUCCAGACCUCCCGCAGGGGCCCAGAUCUUCAUUGUCCCUGUGCACGAGCCCCAGUGUAUAGACAUUGCCACUCUGAUCCUGCCUCACACUUGGGACUGGUGGAAAUGAUGCCCAUGAAUCUGGCCCUGAACUGCUUUUGUGCACGCCCUGGAAACAUGAGGGGAUAACCUCCGCCCAUCCCAUUCUCCCCUCUCUAACCACAGCUGAACGUGAUGCCCCUCUCCGAUCCCUGCUGUUAGAUCUCCUGUGUUCACCAGUGCUUUCACCUGAAACUAAAUAAAUUCCUGCUUUGGGCACAAGGUA